AUGACAAACAACACUAUGGGUACUUGUCCUCUAGGAGGUCUUUGGUGCGGUUCUCAUCUAUCAUCUUAUAUAACAAUACUGAAUGAUCAAAUCAUAGCAAGCGAUCUUCGAGCGGCUGGACUCGGACACGGGGAAGUUGGAGACGAGGGAUCAAUGAAUCUUGGCUCCUACUGGCCGAACGUGUAUUGUUCUUCUGGAAGUUGGUGGAUAUGUUCAAGCCAAAACCCUUCAUUUCAAGGGUGUUGUGAUAUCGAUCCAUGCUCGAGCAACGCUACCAAUUGCCCUCAACCACAUCUAUAUCCUGCGGCAUUUAAGUCGGUAACUACUGCUUUGAGCUUUCCUGGCUCACAGGGUACUACCUUUCAGACGAGUAUCCUUCCAACGGUAACUUUUCCACUCCCUACCAUUUCUAUGACGACCCCGCAUGUAGCAUCUACAACUGAUCAAUUUCUAUCAUUGGCAUAUCCAGACUCUUCAAAGGCUACACCUUGGAAUAAUACAGAGUACUCGACCCAAUCAUUGUCGGACCAUUCAAACUCUGGAGCUGAGCCUACAACAUCCUCAAUCCUCUAUUUUACCACAUCCGGUAUCCCAAUUUCCACCGGAAUUGUGCCACCAAGUACAAUAUUCACUAAUUGCGGUGAUGCCAACAAUAAAAGCACAUUUAUAGCAGCUUUUACGAGUGUUGUGACCGUAACAUCGAUAUCGACAUUCACAGCUGUCCGAAUAUCAGUGUAUACAGUACCUUAUAGCUCAUCGAAUACCCCUUCCAUCCCUGAUUCACUAUCCUUAUUUACAACCACAUCAUCUCCAGUCACAAACUCUCCUGACUCCUCAUCCAUAACGUCCCUUCUCUACGUAGCCAGCUCAACAUCCUUAUCUCCUACGACUUCCACUGCGCUCCCUUCCGGCACUGCAACCGAUACGAAACUCAUCCCCUGGGGUGCUACUGGCGGAGUCGCUUUUAUCUUGGUCUUCGCACUCGUUUCCUGGUUUCUACAUCGUCGUCGAAAGCGAGCCGACAAGACAAGCAGAAAACCAAUCAUCACUUCCUUAUCUACUCGACUACCAUGGAAAAAUGCACCGAAAGAAAUCCCCCGCAUUUCUCUCUCCAGCUAUCCUUUCAAGGGAAUGGCACCAUCUACAUCGAACACUAGUGAAGAAGGCAUAGAUGAGACAUGGUCUGCCAGCUUGGGAGACUAUCGGAAUCUGGGCCUGAUGGAUGUAUCGAAAUUAGGGUUGAAUAAUAAUUCAGAGCCUAGUAGUCAAAAGCCAGCGCACCUCUCUGGAUAUGAAUCGCAUUAUUCACGACCAUUCCAAUCUCAGGCUUUACAUAACAAUGAAAUUUCAACAUCUCCUGGAGGAGGAUUGUAUAGGAAUUCUUUUGCUCAGAGAAUGGUGCAGAGUGGCUGGGCUGCAGUUGAUUUGCAAAGUAGUUAUGUAGCGCGAGAUGAUGAAAACGGAUUGCAUGGUGAGAAUGAUAGGAGGCGUUGA